AAAAAAGCAGCAUUUUGCUUUUUUCAGCUCCAGAUUUCAUGUGGCUUGAGCAUAUUUAUUCUUGUAAAAAACACUAGUAAGGCCUGGCUCUGGAGAGCUAUUUAGACUCUGGCCAUCAAGGGGCGGUGCCUCCCAUGGUGCCUUCUCGGGUGGCUGGAGGGCUAACACAAUCUUCCUCAAGUUCUGGAAUUUUCUUUCAAGGAGACGGGCAGUCCCAGGCUGUUGUUAACUCUCACUUGAGCUCAUCCUUCGCGAAUUCUUCUAAUUCAAUUCCUGGAACUGGGCGUUCGAAUCUGGGUCCGGUUUCUGGGGACAUGAACAAUGCAGUGUUGAACAGUGUGGCGAAUUCUGGUCCAAGUGUUGGGGCAAGUUCCUUGGUCACAGAUGCAAAUUCUGCACUUUCGGGAGGUCCCCAUUUGCAGAGAAGUGCAAGCAUCAAUACAGAGUCAUAUUUAUGCUUACCAGCAUCCCCAAUGUCAUUCUCAUCCAAUAACAUUAGCAUCUCAGGGUCGUCGGUUAUGGAUGCAUCUUCUGUAGUGCAGCCGAAUUCUCAUCAGGACCAGAAUGCUCAACAAGUGCAGCAAAAUCAGCAGCACCAGCACCAGCACCAGCAAGGAGCAUCAACUGCUACAUCAUUACCCACAUCACAAACUGGACAAGUUUCACUUCCCAUGGGUGUGAGGCUUCCUGGGUCAUUUCUUCAGGAUCCAAUGAAUUUAGGCCAGGUUCAAAAGAAACCUCGGUUGGAUAUCAAGCAGGAAGAUAUUCUACAGCAGCAGGUAUUACAACAGCUUCUGCAGAGGCAGGACAGCAUGCAGUUCCAAGGCCGCAAUCCUCAGUUACAAGCCUUGCUUCAGCAGCAGAGACUGCGGCAACAACAGCAGAUUUUGCAGUCUAUGCCACAGUUGCAGAGAGCUCACAUGCAGCAGCAGCAACAACAGCAGCAGCAACAACAGCAGCAACAACAGCAGCAACAGCAGCAACAGCAGCAACAGCAGCAACAGAUGCAGUUGAGGCAGCAACUGCAACAGCAGGCAAUGCAACCAGUAUCUGCAAUGAAGCGCCCAUUUGAUGGUGGUGUAUGUGCUCGGCGCUUGAUGCAAUAUCUAUAUCAUCAACGGCAAAGACCACCUGUGUCUGAAAAUACUAUUGCCUAUUGGAGGAAGUUUGUGACUGAAUACUACUCUCCUCGUGCUAAGAAACGAUGGUGCUUGUCUCUGUAUGAAAAUGUUGGGCAUCAUGCGCUUGGUGUCUUCCCUCAAGCAGCUAUGGAUGCAUGGCAGUGUGACAUUUGUGGUUCUAAAUCCGGAAGGGGUUUUGAGGCAACAGCUGAAGUGCUCCCUAGACUUAAUGAGAUAAAAUUUGGCAGUGGAGUUAUCGACGAGCUUUUAUUUUUGGACUUGCCACGUGAAUGGAGGUUUCCAUCUGGAAUAAUGAUGUUGGAGUAUGGAAAAGCGGUACAAGAAAGUGUAUAUGAGCAACUUCGCGUUGUUCGUGAGGGUCAACUUCGUAUCAUAUUCACACAAGAUUUGAAGAUUCUAUCUUGGGAAUUUUGUGCUCGUCGCCAUGAAGAACUUCUUCCCCGUAGGUUGGUUGCCCCACAGGUGAACCAGCUAGUUCAGGUUGCACAGAAGUGCCAAACCACAAUUGCUGAAAGUGGCUCGGAUGGGGUUUCUCAGCAAGAUCUACAAACAAACAGCAAUAUGGUAUUAUCAGCUGGGCGACAGCUGGCAAAGAGUUUGGAGUUACAGUCACUGAAUGAUUUGGGUUUCUCCAAAAGAUAUGUGAGGUGCUUGCAGAUCUCCGAGGUUGUGAAUAGCAUGAAAGAUUUGAUUGAUUUCUGUCGAGAGCACAAAGUUGGACCCAUUGAGGGCUUGAAGAAUUAUCCUCGACAUUCAAGUGCAGCGAAGCUCCAAAUGCAGAAGAUGCAGGAAAUGGAGCAGCUAGCAAGCGCUCAGGGUAUGCCAACCGACAGGAACACUCUGAAUAAGCUUAUGGCAUUGCAUCCUGGGCUAAAUAAUCAAAUGAACAACAACCAUCACAUGGCUAACCGAGGAGCUUUAAGCGGUUCAGCACAAGCUGCUCUAGCACUGACUAAUUACCAGAAUAUGCUCAUGAGGCAGAACUCAAUGAAUUCGAACCCGAAUUCUCUACAACAAGAGGCUUCAUCUUCCUUCAAUAAUUCGAACCAAAGCCCAUCAUCAACCUUCCAAGGGGCUGCUGCUUUAAUACCAGGAUCAAUGCAGCAUGUACCUGUUAGUGGCUACUCGAGCCCUCAUCUAUCUUUGCAAUCACCACAACAGCCACAACAGCUGCCUCAGCGCUCGGUGAGUGCUAAUAGCAUCCUACAGCAGAACCAUCCUCAGAGCACUCAAGGCAAUCAGGCCUUGCAGCAGCAGAUGAUCCAGCAACUGCUGCAGGAGAUGUCUAAUAGCAGUGGAGGUGCCCCACAGUCUCAUGCUGGAUCAAAUGCCAACAGUAAUGGGGGUGCAGCAGCGAGGAAUGGAAUGAACUUUGGUGGCAACACUUCAGCAGCACCGGCGGCAGCGGCUCCCAGUGCAGCAGGAAGUAACGGACCUGCGCCAAGCAGGAGCAACAGUUUCAAAGUCGCUUCAAACAGCGACUCUUCUGCAGCCGGUGGCAACAAUGGAUUCCACCAGAGAGCACCAGAAUUGCACCAGAAUCUUCAUUUGCAGGAGGAUAUGGUUCAGGACAUUGCCCAUGAAUUCACGGAAAACGGGUUUUUCAACAGUGAUCUUGAAGAUAAUAUGGGUUAUGGUUGGAAGGCAUGACUAACAAAAUUUGGUCUAAUCAUUGGCGUUCCAGACCGCACAAGUGGGCAUCAUAUAUCUUUGUACAGGUCAUUUGAGAUAGCUGUUUUCUUUACCUCCAUUUUUCUCGACUCUCGCUCUCUCUUUUCAAGAAUGGAUUUUGUUGUGACAUGGCCCACUUGUACUUUCACUAGUUCACUAGGCUUAUUAGCAUCUCUUCCGCCCUCCUCUUCUUCUUCUUGGUCUCUCUCUCGCUGUUUCUUCUCCUUUUUUUUUUUUUUUUUCCCGAGGCUUUUCUGUCACCAAGUCUUCUACAAGUGUAAUCUAUCGGACAAAAUCCCAAGAACAAACAGAUUUCGUAUUAACAUUA